AAAUCUAAGCAUUUGUGUAAUUUCAGAGAAAAUGUUUUCCAAGCUAGUUCUCCGACAGAGAAGAGGUGUUAAUGCUCCUUGUGUCAGACUAACUGCAUUGAUCCAUAGUGACAGUGGAAAUCUAUUCACAAAAUCUGGUGAACAAAGAGACCCAUUUGAAGAUUUAGCUAAAACCAUAGAUACACCUAAUGACAGUUUGAAAGUGAAAGACAGUAAAAAAGCUGGUUCUGUAGAGAACAUUUUAAAGGAAGACAAGAUUUUAAAUGAAUGUGUUGAAAUUAUUCACUGUGACAGUAAAGAAAAUGAGAAUCAUCAAAAGGUGACAACAGCUGUUGGGAGCUCUCUUAGUUCCACCAUUAACACCAGGAAAUUCAAUAAUUUUUUUCCAAAUUCUUCAGUGACUGAGGUACUUAAAGCUGUUAACUCUGAUCUAAGAUCUUGUAAUGCACAGACAUUUUCCGAGAUCAACACAUAUCUGGAUAAAGUGGACAAACUAGACCCGGAUAGUGAGGAAUGGGAUGUUAUGACCUCACUUAUAGCCCACCCAGAUGAGAACAGAGAAAUAAAGUAUGACUUGCUACCGAGGGUAUCCAGCAGUGUAGGAAGUUACAUAGAAUAUUCAGAGACACUUCAAAAACUUGUAAUGCUAGGGGUUGACCUUUCUGCUGUAGAAGAAUUCCCAUUUAUAGCCAACUUCCUAAUAAGACAAGAUUUCAAUAGAGACAUUGUGCCAAAGUUGUUGUACUUGAAAGACCUAGGAGUGUAUGAUCACAAUAUUGGUCAGGUUCUUACCACUAACCCUUAUAUUCUGGAGGAUCCUAUUGAUAAACUGCAGACCGUGGUGGAUUACCUGAAGUCUAAGAGAUUUACAGCUGAUAUGAUUGGUAAAAUGGUUGUGAGGCAUUCCAUGUUUUUGAUAAUGGAAGUAGGGCAGAUUGAUUCCAAGCUGGGGAUGCUACAGAAAAUGUUUCAUCUCACAGGUGAUCAAGUAAGAGAAAUAUUUUCCACUCACCCAGUCCUGAUUUCACACAAUAGAAAGAAAAUCCAGGAUGUUCACUUUCUCUUGCACAAUAUAUGGGAAUUUGAAAAGUCACAAAUACGGGCAAUAUUUCUGAAAUGUCCUCUCAUUUUUGCAGAAGAUGCCAAGAAAGCGGUGCAGUCCAGACUGGAGAUACUGCAUGCCAUGGGAAUCACCACUCAGAAACUGUCCGAGUGUCCAGCAGUACUGAUGGCCAGUCACCACCAAGUUCGCCGCCGACACGCCUUCCUGAAGGAGAUAGGCCGAGCUCACUAUGACCCGGAAAAGGCAGGCUACGUGUCUCUGGAAUCCCUGGGAAUGUAUUCUGUUGAUAAGUGGUGCUGGAAAAUGAACAUACCCAAGGAACAUUAUAUGAAAUUCCUAAAAACUGAAUAAAAUCUUAAUAAAGCAGA